GGACACUGCCUCUCGCCCUUCCCCAUGCACCCGUGGGGAACCAGGAGGGGCCAGGGAGCUCCUCUGGGACCCCUCUUGCUCGCCCCAGCUCACUGAAUGCACACAGAGCCUCGCUGUGCAGGAGAAGUCAGGGCAAUCAGAUUUGCCAUUGAGCUGGUUUAAGGGCAGCUUCUGGCACGCUCUGUCAGGAUGGGAGCUAUGGCGAGGCAGAGGCAGGAUACACUCUUCGAGGCUGUGCUGGUGACAGGGUGGCUUGUCCUGGCCCUCUUCCCUGAGGCCACAUCUGAAGUGGCUGCUAAGUGCCCUGACCAGAACCCUGAGCUGCAGCCCUGGAAUCCUGGCCAUGAUCCGGACCACCAUGUGCACAUUAGACAGGGCAGGAUGCUGCUGCUUGCCUCCUCUGCCACCGUUCACUCCAUCAACAUCUCAGAGGGGGGCAAGCUCAUCAUUAAGGACCAUGGGGAGCCCAUUGUUUUGCGCACCCGACACAUCCUGAUUGACCACGGAGGAGAGCUGCAUGCUGGGAGCGCCCUCUGCCCUUUCCAGGGCAAUUUCAGCAUCAUUCUGUAUGGAAGAGCUGAUGAAGACAUUGAGCCAGACCCUUACUAUGGGCUGAAGUACAUUGGUGUGGGCAGGGGUGGCACCCUGGAGUUGCAUGGGCAGAAGAAGCUCUCCUGGACAUUUCUGAGGAAGACCCUCCGCCCGGGGGGCAUGGAGGAGGGAGGCUAUUUUUUUGAAAGGAGCUGGGGCCACCGUGGAGUCAUUGUCCAUGUCAUUGACCCCAAAUCUGCCACAGUGAUCCACUCUGACCGAUUUGAUACCUACAGAUCCAAGAAAGAGAGUGAGCGUCUGGCCCAGUAUUUGAAUGCGGUUCCUGACGGCAGAAUCCUUUCUGUGGCAGUGAAUGAUGAAGGCUCCCGAAACCUGGAUGACCUGGCCCGGAAAGCUAUGACCAAGCUAGGCAGCAAACACUUCCUGCACCUUGGAUUUAGACAUCCUUGGAGUUUUCUCACUGUGAAGGGAAAUCCUUCUUCUUCGGUGGAAGACCACAUUGACUAUCACGGACACCUUGGCUCCGCGGCUGCCCGGGUGUUUAAACUCUUCCGGACGGAACAUGGCGAGUACUUCAAUGUCUCCUCAUCCAGUGAAUGGGUCCAGGAUGUGGAGUGGACGGAGUGGUUCAACCAUGAUAAAGUGUCUCAGACUAAAGGCGGGGAGAAAAUUUCAGACCUCUGGGUAACUUACCCAGGAAAAAUCUGCAACCGCCCCCUUGACAUACAGGCCACUACAAUGGACGGAGUCAACCUCAGCACUGAGGUUGUCUACAAAAGGGGCCAGGAUUACAAGUUUGCCUGCUACAACCGAGGCCGCGCCUGUCAAAACUACCGUGUGCGCUUCCUCUGCGGGAAGCCUGUGCGGCCCAAGCUCACAGUCACCAUCGACACCAAUGUGAAUAGCACUGUUCUGACUCUGGAGGAUAAUGUGCGGUCCUGGAAGCCCGGAGACACCCUUGUGGUUGCUAGCACCGACUACUCCAUGUACCAAGCAGAAGAGUUCCAGGUGCUGCCCUGCAGAACCUGUGCCCCCAACCAGGUCAAGGUGGCAGGGAAGCCGCUGUACCUGCACAUUGGGGAGGAGAUAGACGGCGUGGACAUGCGGGCUGAGGUCGGGCUCCUGAGCCGGAACAUUGUGGUGAUGGGGGAGAUGGAGGACAAAUGCUACCCUUACAGCAACCACAUCUGCAGCUUCUUUGACUUUGAUACCUUUGGGGGCCACAUAAAGUUUGCGCUGGGGUUUAAGGCCACACACUUGUCGGGCGUGGAGCUGAAGCACAUGGGGCAGCAGCUGGUGGGCCAAUACCCGAUCCACUUCCACCUGGCGGGCGAUGUGGACGAGCGGGGUGGCUACGACCCACCCACCUACAUCAGAGACCUCUCCAUCCACCACACGUUCUCACGCUGCGUCACCGUCCACGGCUCCAAUGGCCUGCUGAUCAAGGACGUCGUGGGAUAUAACUCCCUGGGCCACUGCUUCUUCACGGAGGAUGGCCCAGAGGAACGCAACACAUUUGAUCACUGUCUCGGCCUCCUCGUCAAGUCUGGAACCCUGUUGCCCUCCGACCGUGACAGCAAAAUGUGCAAGAUGAUUACAGAGGACUCCUACCCAGGCUAUGUCCCCAAGCCCAGGCAGGAGUGCAAUGCAGUGUCUACCUUCUGGAUGGCCAACCCCAACAACAACCUGGUCAACUGCGCGGCGGCGGGAUCGGAGGAAACGGGAUUCUGGUUCAUUUUCCACCACGUGCCCACGGGCCCCUCCGUGGGGAUGUACUCCCCAGGGUAUUCAGAGCACAUCCCUCUCGGUAAAUUCCUCAACAACCGCGCUCACUCCAACUACCGGGCUGGCAUGAUCAUAGACAAUGGAGUCAAAACCACCGAGGCCUCCGCCAAGGACAAGCGGCCAUUCCUCUCCAUCAUCUCGGCCAGGUACAGCCCACACCAGGAUGCUGACCCACUGAAGCCCCGGGAGCCUGCCAUCAUCAAGCACUUCACGGCCUACAAGAACCAGGACCAUGGGGCCUGGCUGCGUGGUGGGGAUGUGUGGCUGGACAGCUGUCGGUUUGCUGACAAUGGCAUUGGCCUGACCUUGGCCAGUGGUGGGACCUUCCCGUACGAUGAUGGCUCCAAGCAAGAGAUCAAGAACAGCUUGUUUGUGGGCGAGAGCGGCAAUGUGGGCACGGAAAUGAUGGACAACAGGAUCUGGGGCCCAGGCGGCCUGGACCACAGUGGAAGGACCCUCCCCAUGGGCCAGAAUUUUCCAAUAAGAGGAAUCCAGUUCUAUGAUGGCCCCAUCAAUGUCCAGAACUGCACCUUCCGGAAGUUUGUGGCCCUGGAGGGCCGACACACCAGUGCCCUGGCCUUCCGCCUGAACAACGCAUGGCAGAGCUGCCCGCACAACAAUGUGACUGGUGUCAUCUUUGAGGACGUCCCAAUCACUUCCAGAGUGUUCUUCGGAGAACCCGGGCCCUGGUUCAACCAGCUGGACAUGGACGGGGACAAGACAUCUGUUUUCCAUGAUGUGGAUGGCUCCGUGUCUGAGUACCCCGGCUCCUACCUCACCAAGGAGGACAACUGGCUGGUGCGCCACCCAGACUGCAUCGACGUCCCUGACUGGAGGGGGGCCAUCUGCAGUGGGCGCUAUGCACAGAUGUACAUUCAGGCCCACAAGACCAGUAACCUGCGGAUGAAGAUCAUUAAGAACGACUUCCCCAGCCACCCUCUCUACCUGGAGGGCGCCCUCACCAGUAGCACCCAUUACCAGCAGUACCAGCCUGUUGUCACCCUGCAUAAAGGCUACACCAUCCACUGGGACCAGACGGCACCCUCUGAACUCACCAUCUGGCUCAUCAACUUCAAUAAGGGUGACUGGAUCCGAGUGGGACUCUGCUACCCACGGGGCACCACCUUCUCCAUCCUUUCGGAUGUACACAAUCGCCUACUCAAGCAGACAUCCAAGACAGGCACGUUCAUGAGGACCCUGCAGAUGGAGAAGUUAGAGCAGAGCUAUCCUGGCAGGAGCCACUACUACUGGGAUGAAGACUCUGGGCUCUUGUUCCUGAAGCUCAAAGCCAAGAACGAGAGGGAGAAGUUCGCCUUCUGCUCCAUGAAAGGCUGUGAGAGGAUAAAGAUUAAAGCUAUGAUCCCAAAGCACACAGGUGUCAGUGACUGCACAGCUGCUGCCUACCCGAGGUUCACCGAGCGGGCCAUAGUGGAUGUGCCCAUGCCCCCCAAGCUCCGAGGGCUGCAGCUGAAGUCCAAGGACCGCUUCCUGGAGGUAAAGAUGGAGAGCUCCCGGCAGCACUUCUUCCACCUGCGGAGCAACUUCGCCUACAUCCAGGUGGAUGGGAGGAGAUAUUCCAGCUCUGAAGAUGGCGUCCAGGUGGUGGUGAUUGACGGACGUCAGGGGCAUGUGGUGAGCCAGGGCACUUUCAGGAGCUCCAUCCUGCAGGGCAUCCCCUGGCAGAUCUUCAGUUACGUGGAGGCCAUCCCUGACAACUCCAUAGUUGUCAUGGUGUCAAAGGGAAGAUACAUCACCAGAGGCCAAUGGACCAGAGUGCUGGAGAAGCUGGGGGCAGACAGGGGUCUCAGGCUGAAAGGUAAGAAGUGUGAUGGGUUCAGUGACUGCAGACCAGCACAGAUCCUCAUCUUUUGGCAUGGGGACUGCAGUAACCCCUCACUGAGUCUAGAACAGUCCUUUUCACUGAACAUGGAUGUGGUCCAGAGUUUUGGACACACCUGAUGAGCUACAGGGAUGGGCAAGAUUCC